AUGGCAUCAAACCCAAACCACAGGAUUGAACGUGGCCAUUUUGGAGCACGCCUUGCUCAUACUGACAUCCAAAUUCCUGACUUCUCUGAUUAUCGCCGUGUUGAGGUGAUGGAUCCAAAGAGGUCCUCCCAGGACAGUGGUGAUGCUCGGAAGGCCUUUUCUUACCUGGUGACUGGAUCCACCGCUGUGGUGGGCGUCUACACUGCCAAAACUGUGGUGACCCAGUUCAUUUCUUCAAUGAGUGCAUCUGCUGACGUCCUGGCCUUGUCAAAAAUCGAGAUCAAGUUGUCCGAUAUUCCAGAAGGGAAAAACAUGACGUUCAAGUGGAGAGGUAAGCCUCUCUUUGUCCGCCACAGAACAGAGAAGGAGAUCACAGCUGAGGAGAGCGUAGACCUUUCAGUGCUUCGGGAUCCCCAACAUGACAAAGAUCGUGUCUCCAACCCCACAUGGGUUAUCUUCAUUGGUGUGUGCACUCACCUUGGUUGUGUCCCAAUCGCAAAUGCUGGCGACUAUGGUGGGUACUACUGCCCCUGCCACGGGUCGCAUUAUGAUGCCUCAGGGAGGAUCAGAAAAGGACCUGCACCCCUCAACCUGGAGGUGCCUUAUUAUGAAUUUCCUGAUGAGGAUACUGUAGUUGUUGGAUGA